AGCGACAAGCUAAGAAUAAGUCUAACAUCCAGAAACUAGAUGAUGGAACUGUCACCUUUGAAAACAGCAGUCCUGUUCCUGGGACUGAUAACGUUGCUUCCUACUGCUCGCGGAGGAGUUACGAUAAAAAGAGACACUUUGUUCGCCAAUACCUUGGAGAAAUGGAACGUCAAAAUCCGAGACAGACGUGAUUUAAGUGAGAGGUACGAUCGUUUUAAAAGAGCAGUGGAUUCGGUCGAGAGAACCACUUCAGGGAUAGUACUGAGAAGUCUGAACUCCUUCACAGUUAUGAACAACGAAGAAUGGGAGACAAUAGCGGUCCCAAUCUUAAGAGAGAGCCUCAACAAUUCCACGGAUAAACUUGUGAGCGUAAAGAAACGAUCAACCGAAAGGCACCCUGAACAUCUACCCCACCCUAAACAUCUACCACUGGAGAACAACAACUGGGAGGAGGAAGUGGGCCUCGUCGCACCAGCAGAUCAAGGGAGCUGUGGAGCCUGCUGGAGCUUCCCCGACAUUGGAGCAAUGGAGGCAGUGAACACCAAACUGACCGGAGAACAUAAAGCAUUUUCGCAGCAAUAUUUCGUGGACUGUUCUUACAGCUACUCCGGCUGUGCAGGGGGUACUGUGAACUACGGCUUCAAACUCACCCAGCAGCGACAGUUCUUGCCGGCCUAUGAAGACUACCCUUUUACUGGAGAUUUUAACGGGUGCCCAUACACGGAUGACUUUAAAACCAUGAAGAACAAUGCCAUGACUAAGAUCUGGAUUCAAGACUACAUGCCCUUAGAAAAAAACGAGCAUGGCUUAAUGGAAGGACUGCUAACCUCUCCAGUUACUAUGGGUGUGACAAUCAGCGAGGAUCUGUUCGCUUACUCAGGAGGUGAAUUUGUGGAUGAAAACUGUGCGACAGCUGCCAAGCCUCACGCUCUUCUUCUAGUAGGAUAUACGGAGAAAACACUACGUGUCAAAGCAAGUUACGGAACUGACUUUGGAGAGGGAGGUUACAUCAACUACCUGCGUGGACACCCCUCACUUCACAACUGCCAUUUCUUUGAACAUGCUUACUCUGUGUUGGCAACGUAUAGGCGAGAUCUGGAAUACAAGUAUUGCAAUGACCAUAAGCCAACAACCCAUGCAAUAUGCCAGGAGUCUUGUCUUGCCAUGAACACGGAAACUGAAUCUGGAUGGAACUUGGCUGUCAUUCCAAGUCAUUAUCACAAUCAAAUCGUGGUUGAUAUGCUGAACGUUGACUUCCCGGGAAAAGCUAAUGAACUUUGGAUCGGACUUACUGGACAUGGAGAUGAUUUUUCUUUUUAUGACUGGGCAGACAACUUUACACCAGCUCACUUCAUUUGGAUGUCUAAAGAUGGGUUUGGAAGACGUUACGGGUUGAUCAUGCAAACAGAUGGAAAAUGGACUACUAAAGGAUCUGAGACAUACGAAACACGAGGACUCUGCAGCAGAGCAAUAAAUUGCUGGAACAUAGAAAAUGCUGUGAAGAAUGGUGCGGUGAAAUUCAACAAAGCUGACCUAUCUGAGGGCACGGUAGCAUCAGUGAAGUGCACAAACGGAUUGGAAGUGGAAGGAGCCAGCAAGUUGACAUGUGUCGGAGGAUUGUGGGACAGCGAGAUACCCCAGUGUGUUGAACCAGUAGCAGCACCAGUAGCAGCACCAGUCCUACUAAAGGGAGGCAGAAAAGGCAAAAAAAGUAAGGGAGGGAGAGCCAAAAAGGAAAGGAAACCCAAGGACAAAUUACAUAGAAGUAAAGGAGAACUAGAGUAGGAGAUGUUUAAAUUAUAAAGGGACCAACGAAGAAAAGAGGAGAAGGAAAUAGAAGGGGAAAAAUGGAAGAGACAAUUGACAUAUUAUUUGAAAAGAAAAAGCCGUAUUAUAAAAUUCUUCCGUCCUGAUUUUAGUCUUGUUAUACAUAUUAUUGAAACGUAUAAAAUUUCGUG